AUGUCCUCUCCAGAGCCAGUUGCGAUCAUUGGCAUGGGAUGUCGCUUCCCAGGCGACUCGGAUACCCCAGAUGAGUUCUGGCAGAUGCUUGCCGAGGAACGCUCUGGAUUUUCAAGGCCGCCAUUAUCGCGCUGGAACAUUGAUGGAUUUCAUGCAAACAAGGCUCGACCUGGUUCUAUAACUCCAGAAGGUGGUUAUUUUAUUAAUGAGGAUAUUUGGAAAUUUGACCCUGCGUUUUUUGGUAUUGUACAAGAGGAAGCGAAGGCAAUGGACCCUCAACAGAGAAAGUUACUGGAGUGUGUUUACGAGGCUUUUGAGUCCGGCGGGAUCACGCUGAGCCAAUUGUCGGGCUCCAAUACAGGUUGUUAUAUUGGAAAUUUUACUUCCGACUACUACCUUCAAGGUCAUCGAGACCACAACAAUCCGAGGCCUUAUAGUUUAUUAGGUUCUGGUUACACUAUAAUAAGCAACCGAGUCAGUUAUCUUUUCGAUCUUUGUGGUCCUAGUCUCACAAUUGAUACGGCUUGCUCUUCCUCUCUCUACUCUCUGCAUAUUGCCUGCAGAGCGUUACAGACGAAGGAAAUUGAUGCUGCAGUAGUUGGUGGUACAAAUCUGAUGCUCGCCGUAGAAACUCAGAUGAGUACAAAUAAAGUUGGUGUUUUAUCAGCUACAUCUACUUGUCACACUUUCGACGAGUCAGCUGAUGGAUAUGGCCGUGCUGAAGGUGUUGGUGCCAUUUUCUUGAAGCGUUUGUCUGAUGCCAUUCGGGACAAUGAUCCUAUACGUGGUGUAAUCAGAGGCACGGCUACCAAUGCGAAUGGAAAGACCAGUGGCAUCACUCAGCCAAGUGCGAAGGGGCAUGAGAUUUUAAUGCGUACAGCCUAUGAAUUCGCCGGUCUGGAUCCAAGAGAUACCUCAUACUUUGAGACACAUGGAACUGGUACCCAAGUUGGAGAUCCAAUAGAGAUUAAGGGAGUUGGAAAUGUUUUCUUUAACGGCACGGACAGGCAGAAACUUCUUGUUGGAUCGGUGAAAACCAACGUCGGACAUAGCGAAGCAGCUAGUGCCUUGGCAAGUAUAAUAAAAGUAUGCCUAGCUAUGGAAAAACGCACAAUACCAGCAACAAUUGGUAUAAAGAAAUUGAAUCCCAAAAUCGAUUUCAAGGGUGGAAGGAUCGAAGUCGUUCAAAAAAUGACACCUUGGCCAAAAGGCUUUGAUACUUGUCGUGCGAGUAUAAACUCAUUUGGCUAUGGAGGAGCUAAUGCCCAUGUAAUCGUCGAAGCCGCCGACUCGGUCUUACCAGGAAAGUUAACUUACAUCCGACGGGGUCAAGAUAAGAGGAAUCUGGAAGAUUCCGAGCCAGACGAAAUGGUGGGCACGAAAUCUGCCUCGCAAGCGCGAGCUGUAUCCCGUUCAGAAUAUCUGCUUCUGUUUUCUGCUCAUGAUAUAUCUACGUUGAAAAGCAACAUUGAAAGGUGUCGUGACGUGGCCGAAGAUUAUAACAUACUAGAUCUUGCCUACACUCUUGGCUGUCGGAGAUCGAAUUUUUUUAACUGCGCUUACACGGUAGCACGAGAAGAAGAUGUUGAGGAAGAUCUUAUGGAACAUGAGAUUACGUUCGGGAAAAGGGGAAAGGGUGGAAACAUUGGUUUCAUCUUUACAGGACAAGGAGCUCAGAAUGCGCAGAUGGGUCGAGAACUCAUGUUGACAUUCCCAUCAUAUAUCGACACUAUACGGAAGCUUGAUCGCUCGCUACAGUCUUUAGGGGAUGAUUCUCCGGAAUGGACUAUUGAAGAUAUCCUGAUGGAGCCCGCAGUAACCAGUAAGAUCAACGAUGUUGAGAUUUCACAGCCUGUAUGUACAGCCGUUCAAAUAGCUCUUGUUGAGCUUCUUCGACUUUGGAAUGUAACACCAGUUGCAUGUAUCGGUCAUUCGUCUGGUGAAAUUGCAUCUUCAUAUGCCGCACACCUCAUAACCGCCGAGGAAGCUAUCAUCUCCGCAUUUUAUCGCGGACGAGGGGUUGGUACUCUCAAAGUGAAAGGUGCUAUGUUGGCUGUUGGCGCCGGCCCCGAGGAAAUACAGCCUUAUCUCACUGACGGACUGCGUAUUGCAUGCUAUAACUCACCUAACAGUGUUACAUUGAGUGGUGAUAUUGAGCCUGCUACCGUAGUACAGAAGAAGUUAGAAUCUGACAGGGUGUUUGUUCGUGAGCUGAAGACAGGUGGCAGAGCCUAUCAUUCAUACCACAUGCUGAAUAUUGGCAAUGACUACGAAAGUCGCUUGACAGAAGCACUUUCCAAAUUCGGCGCAUCUCAAACCACCAAUCAAGCUCAAGGGCAGAAACCAGUAUUUUUCUCCUCAGUAACUGCUCAACAAAUGCCAUUGAAUUUCAAACCAGGGCCUAGCUAUUGGCGUCAGAAUUUGGAGUCUCCAGUAAGAUUCACUGAAGCGGUUGAAGCUGCAUUGGCAGCAGACUUAGGCAUUUCACAAUUCGUCGAAAUCGGGCCUCACUCUGCUCUAGCUGGUCCUUUGAGGCAGAUUAGAGAUAACCUCGGGAUAACACCCAAAGACUUGGAUUAUGCUUCCACAUUAGUACGUGGUCAGAGCUCUGUGACUCGUCUUCUGGAUCUUGCUGGAGCUCUUACUAUGAGAGGAUUCCCGGUGGACAUCGAGCGCGUCAACGCCAUUGAAAAACGAGAGGGUGACGCCAUAAUCACACAAACUGGUUUGCCAAUUGUUGAUCUUCCUAGAUUCUCAUGGAACUACUCUGCCGGUGAGAUAAGGAACAAAAAUAGACCAAGCGAAGAAUAUCGCUUACGAAAAUUCAAGUACCACGACCUAUUGGGUGCCAUUCUUCCAGGAUCAUCAGUGGAACAAAGACAAUGGAGGAAUAUGCUUGACUCUAAGAAUUUCCCGUGGUUGGAGGAGCAUAAGCUUGGAACGCAACCUGUGCUGCCCGGAACUGGUUACUUGGCAAUUGCAACCGAGGCUGCUCGUCAAUUUUUUCAUGACAAGCUAGCAGUCAAUGGGGCAUUCCAAUACUUCUUUCCCAACAUUAGCAUCACAUCUGCAUUAAAUAUCCCACCUUCUGGAUCCCAAGUGGAGAUUGUUACCACUAUGAAAUUCGCCACUAUAACUGCUUCGAUUACGUCCAAAACUAUCGCAGAGUUCACGAUAUCGUCCAUUCAAGCUGGUAAUUGGACGAAUCAUUGUGUUGGAACUGUCACAAAGAAGAAGGCUGUUGCCAUGGCCCCAAGAUUCGAUGAAAGUAAAUUACAAGAACCAAAGGCUGCUCGAACUUGGUACCGUGGUUUCCAAAAGGUUUCGUUGAAUUACGGACCCGCUUUCAAUGGGUUAAGUAAUAUCCGUACCAAUCCAGCUCUGGAAGAAGCCGUUGCGGACACUGAGCUCUGUCCUGAAGGUGUCUCUGAGCAUGAUUCGGCAUAUAUCGUACACCCCGCAGCAAUGGACACCUGUAUUCAAGUUGCACUGAUUGGCGCACACAAAGGCUCCUUGGCCGGCUUGAAAAGGUCAUUUGUUCCAACGUCCAUGACCAAUGUUUCCUUAUGGUCCUGGGGCGAUGAUGCUCAAAUCGCUCAAUUGACCCCUGGAAAAGGCAAGGUCCUUGCACAUGCAGAGUUUUUCAGUCUACGUGCCAUGAGCGGGUGGUGUCAGCUUUUCUCGCCUGAAGGCAAGCCAUUGUUUGCGAUUGAAGAGCUUUCAUGCACUCAAUACUCAGAAGCCCUUGAUGACCUUGGGACGAUAGAUCGUCACCCAUACCUUCGCACUGUAUGGAAGCCAGAUGUCGAUAAGAUGAUCUCCAACUUGACUGAUAAUUCCCUUCUCGAUCUUAUUGUUCACAAACGUCCUGGAUUUAACAUCUGUGAGAUCUUGAAUACAGAAUCAGUGAUCUCCGACAAUCUUCACAAAGUUCUUGAAAGUGGUUCAUCCCUUCGUCGGUACAAGACUUAUACCAUUAUGACUCUAGGCGACGUUGAUAUAGAGCCACUAAAGAUCAAGUACGAAGCUUUCCCCGGUGUUGCGGUGCAGAAGUUGUAUCUAGACGACGUCCCAGAGACGUUCUUCGAUUUAGUCAUUGUGCCUCAAUUUUCGAGCGACGAGAUUGAUUUAACCAAACUCAAAGGUGUAUUGAAACCAGACGGAAACAUGCUGCUUUAUAAGUCAAAGUUCAAGGAUGAUGAUACAAUAAAAACGGAGUUUCAAGCAGCCGGACUCGAUACACUUCUUGAGGAUCAAGAGUCUUUGCUAAUCAGUCCUCACCAAAGGACCAGCUCUGUCAUCCCAGGAGGAGACAUUGUACUUGUCACAAGGACUUCCCCAACAGUAUUCGAUUCUCAUAUCUAUUCUGGAUUGUCAAAGAGUGGAAGGUCAAUAACCUCAAUGUCCCUACAAGAAUUCAAUUCCCACGCUCAUACAAAAGCAACCUACGUUUUUAUUGUGGAAUCUGAAUCUAGUCUAUUCCAUGAAUCUUUGACGAGCCAAGAGCUAGCAACAAUACAAGCAAUCGCAACUGAAGCGACGAAUAUGCUAUGGGUUACUCAUGGAAAUCUUCUGGAGGGAGGAGAUCCAAAUGCUGGAAUAGUUAUCGGACUAGGCCGCUGUCUUCAGACAGAACAUCCAACUCUCACUUUCAAAACUUUGGACUUGGAUCAUCGAGAUCAUAUACAGACUAUCUCCAACAUAACAACAAUCCUGGAUGCAGCUGACAGUGGAGACGAGGAUAAAGAGUUUAUGGUCAAAAAUGGCAUUUUCUAUGUUAGCAGGCUUUCUCAAGACCCUCUCCUAGACCAACAGUUUGUUGCAGGGGUUGAAACAGAGCCAAGAGUAAUUUCAUAUGUGCCAGAAAAAUGUGUCAGGCUGGGGAUCGAGCGCGUCGGUAUCUUUGAUACGAUACACUUCAAGGAUGAUGAGUGGAAAGCUUCACUUAAACCUGGAGAAGUUGAGGUAGAUGUGAAUGCAGUCGGUUUGAAUAUGAAGGAUUUCGCAACGCUUCAAGGAACUUAUAAUUCGGAAACACUUGGUCUUGAGGGUGCUGGUGUGGUCAGAAGCAUCGGUCCUGGGGUCACAAACGUUGCCAUUGGCGAUCGAGUAAGCUGGGCUGGCUUUGGAAACUUCCGCAACAUCGAAAGAUAUGACUCCAGAUUCCUCCAGAAACUUCAACCAGAGGAGACCUUCGACCAAAUGUCAAGUAUUAUGAUGCCAUUCUUAACUGCUAUAUAUGGAUUAAUAUACCUUGCCAAGCUCCAACCGGGAGAAUCGGUACUGAUCAAUUCUGCCACUGGAGGUGUUGGACUUGCGGCAAUUCAGGUAGCAAAAAUGAUUGGUGCUGAAAUUUUUGCUACUGUUGGAACUCCAGAAAAGAAAAAAUUCUUGAUGCAAGAAUAUGGUAUUCCGGAUGAUCACGUCUUAUCCUCGAAAGACGCAAGCUUUGUAGCUGAGAUUAUGCAGACUACAGGUGGCCGUGGAGUUGAUGUAUCACUGAACUCGCUUGUUCGUGAAAAUUUGAGAGCUACUUGGAAUUGUAUAGGACACCACGGUCGUCAUAUCGAGCUCGGGCAGACUGAUAUCCUAGAUCAAGGCAUAUUGGAUAUGAGCCCUUUCAAGAGAGGUGCUUCUUUUAUUGCCAUGGACUUGGUUCUUGUUUUCGAACACAAGCCAGAUCUUAUUUCCCAGAUCUUGGGUGAAAUCAUGCAAUACUAUCGGGACUGUAAGAUUAAACCCCUUCCAAAUCUAUCAGUUUUUCCUGCUUCUGCAAUUGGCCAGGCUUUUGAAGAAUUUGGCAAAAACAGUAGAAUUGGAAGGGUUGUUGUCAGCUUUGACACUGAGAAGAUCAAUUUUGCGAAGAAGAAGAAGUCGAUUGCUUUCAAGUCAAAUGGUUCAUACCUACUUGUCGGGUGCCUUGGAGGCCUCGGUCGAUGUUUGGCUCGUCAUAUGGUUGAAAAGGGCGCUCGUCACUUAAUUUUCCUUGGUCGUUCUGGUGAGGACAGACCUGAAGCUGCAUCCAUGAUCAGAGAUUUUAGAAAUGAUGGAAUCACUGUGGAUGUAGUGAAAGGGGACGUUACUAGAAUUUCUGACGUCCAAAAAGCUGUUGACUUGGCUGCCGGUCCGUUAUUCGGUGUUGUGCAAGGUGUAAUGGCCUUAGAUGAUCGACUAUUUACAAGCCAUGACUUGAAUAGCUGGGAAUACGCCGUUCGUCCCAAGGUCACAGGAACUUGGAAUCUUCACAAUGCCGUUGCAAGCCACUCUUUAGACUUCUUCGUCAUGCUCGGAUCAUCAUCUGCUUUAUCCGGCUUCCCAACACAAAGUAAUUAUUGCGCAGGAAAUUCUUUCCUCGAAUUCUUUGCGAGAUACCGUCAAAGUAAAGGUCUACCAGCAACCACAAUCUCACUCACCGUCGUCACCGAAGUUGGAUUUGUGAGUCAAAAUGAGAGAAUCGAAGAUGGAAUAGCUAGAACAGGAGUUCAUACCAUCAACGAAGCUGGAGUCAUUGAUCUCAUCGAUACUGCAAUGAUGAAAGCUCCCUCGUCAUCCUGGGACUUGGAUCCACUGGCCAACAACUUCAUUGUAACCGGCGUUGAGCCCCUCCAAUUGAGUGCGGAUCUCGACAUUGAUAGUAUACCAUUUUGGAGACAGCCACGCAUUGGACCUGUUUUUAACGCUGUUCUGGCCAAGAAAUCAGGAAACGAUACUGGUCCUGGGCAAAAUAAACGCAGACUUUUGCUACCCGAUAUCUUGGAGAUGAUAACAGAGAAAUUUUCCCAGAUAUUUAAUGUGGCUUUUGAAGAUAUUGAUCCAGGAACUGAAGUAGUGAGGUUUGGUAUGGAUAGUAUGAUUGGAACGAGCUUGAGAACUUGGUGUUAUAAGACUCUGGGAGCUGAUAUUGCAGCAUCGGAGUUCAUGAGCUUAAAUUUGACGGCGGAUUCAUUAGCGAAGAAGAUUUAUGAUAUAAGAAAGGGGUGA